AUACUACCAAUAUGGCUGUCGUAAACAAAACACGUGAAGUUUGCAGUUGAUAUUUUCCGAUUUACUCUGCAAACAACUGAUGUUGUCGCAAAUCGAUUAAUCUCAGAAUGACACAGUCGAUAGUUAUUCAAGUUGGGCAAUGUGGGAAUCAAAUUGGAUGCCGUUUCUGGGACCUGGCUUUACGAGAGCAUGCAGCAGUGAACAAGACCGGAAUGUACGAUGAGCCACUUAGCAGCUUCUUCCGGAACGUUGAUAGCCGUUAUGACGACACAUCCGACAUCCCAGUGGGGGAUGGCAAGGGGAAGAUUAGAUCCCUCAAAGCAAGGGCUGUGCUGGUGGACAUGGAGGAGGGCGUGGUCAGUGAGUUGACAAAGGGGCCGCUCCGUGAAGUGUUUGACUACCAGCAGCUCAUUACUGAUGUAUCAGGAUGUGGCAAUAACUGGGCAGUUGGCCAUAAGAUGUAUGGUGUGCAGUAUCGAGAACAACUUAGCGAGACAAUCCGCCGUGCUGCUGAAUACUGUGACUGUCUUCAGUGCUUCUUUGUCCUGCACUCAAUGGGAGGCGGCACAGGUUCUGGUGUGGGCACUUCCAUCUUGAAUUUACUGGAAGAGGAGUAUCCUGACGUUUACAGAUUUGUGACAGCAGUGUACCCUUCAGUGGAGGAUGACGUGAUUACCUCCCCUUACAACAGUGUUCUGGCCAUGCGAGAACUGACUGAACAUGCGGACUGCGUGCUGCCCGUUGAGAAUCAGGCACUGGUUGAGAUUGUCAACAAGAUUUCCCAAGCUGUGCCCUCCAUGAAGACGGGGAAGAGAACCUACUCUACCACUGGAGUCAAGUCAGGCAGUGCCAUUACAAGUAGUCAGGGAGGAGUUACCUCCCCUGCAGAAGAGAAACCAUUUGACGGCAUGAACAAUCUGGUUGCCAACCUACUCCUCAACAUGACGAGCUCAGCAAGGUUUGAGGGCUCUCUGAACGUGGAUUUGAAUGAGAUCACCAUGAAUCUGGUUCCGUUUCCCCAACUACACUACUUGGUGUCCAGCCAGUCCCCUCUGUACGCCAUGUCCGACGUCAAUCUCCCACCCAGGAGGUUGGACCAGAUGUUUUCCGACGCCUUCUCCCGCGACCACCAGCUGCUGAGAGCAGAUCCCAAGCACAGUCUGUACCUGGCCUGUGCCCUGAUGGUCCGGGGCAACGCCGAGAUCUCCGACAUCAGGAGGAACAUCGACAGACUGAAGCCAAACCUCAAGUUCAUCCACUGGAACCAGGAGGGCUGGAAGACGGGUCUGUGCUCCGUGCCGCCAGUGGGACAACCCUACUCUCUCCUCACCCUGGCCAACAACACCUGUGUCCGACACACAUUCUCCGACCUCAAGGACAGAUUUGUCAAACUCUACAAACGGAAGGCCCACAUCCAUCACUACACUCAAAUUGACGGGAUGGAGACAACAGAUUUCGCAGAGAGCUUGGAGUCGCUCAACACAGUCAUCACCGAGUAUUCCAGCCUGGAGACACACAUGAACAACCCCCCACCUCCAGAACCCCGGUUGCAGAUCCUCACAUGAACAACCCCCCACCUCCAGAACCCCGGUUGCCGAACCUCACAUGAACAACCCCACCCAAAAUCCCCGGUUGCAGCUCCACACAUGAACAACCCCACCCAAAAACCUCGGUUGCAGAUCCUCACAUGAACAACCCCACCCAAGAACCCCGCUUGCAGAUCCUCACAUGAACAACCCCACCCAAGAACCCCGCUUGCAGAUCCUCACAUGAAAAACCCCACCCAAGAACCCCACCUUGAGACUCCGUCCAUUUUCCCCCGCAGUGGUUCCAGCAUUAGGAACCCAGCCACCAGCUCUCAGGCAGUACGUUCCUCUCCAGUCUCCCUGUCAGUUCGUGAUUAUCCAGUGUAUAAUGUCUCCAUGCUAGAAAUACCCAGAACACUUUUGCUCACCUUCAUUUUGAGUCUUAAUUCAAAUGACAAAAAUAGCUGUCAAUCAUAAUCAAGUGGAGAUAUGUCACAAUAUGAUGGAGGAUGGUUGUAUAAGUGCACUCCUGCUUUAUAAUGGUAAGGGACCGGUUAUUUAUUAGGGGGAGGUGAGAUUGCACUUACAAGUAGGACUGUAUCAUACUUUGCUAGUGACCCCCGCCCCCCUCCCCAAUUUUAUCUCACAUUCAUCGCAUCCCCUCCCUAUAAUAAAUGACCAGUCCCAAAUAAUGAUCAAUUUAAAAAAUUAGAACUGUCAUCAUUUCAUGACACCUUUAUAUGACAAAUAAUGACCAGUCCCUUCCCGUGUCCUCCAUGACCUCAAUGGCGGACUUUCUACUCCUUGCAUGUUCAAAACAUCUUUUUCAUGAUGUUACAGGAAACCACAUGAUCAGUUGGGAAGACAUCAAGUACUUGUAUGAUGGUAUUAUAAAUGACAAGGGCCAUUUGGACCCACUAGAUCUGCAUAAUUUGAGGAAUGAGAAAACGUUUUAGAAUGUUAUCAGAUGUAUGUAUUCACAUGAAUGAGAAGGACUCCAUUCAACACGGGCAUGUUUUGUACACAGAACAACAUACGUGGGGAUAAGGCUAAGAUGUGUUAGAAUGGGUGAUGUUGGAGAUUUCAGGAAAUGUGUUCUAACAUUGAAACAUGACAAAGUCCUUGACCCAAGCUGAUUUGGUCAGGAGAUCUAGUUUAAGUUCAGCUUGGGUCAUGGACUCUCACAUAGUUAAAAUAAUUAGUCUUUCUCACUCAUUUAGCUUUUGGUACAUUAUUAUGUCAAAAGUAAACAUACUUGCAAGUUUAAGAAAGUAAAAAGAUGCUUGUCAGUCAUAUGAACCAACAAAAUGUUUAUAUGAAUGUGAUAUUUGGUCUAAGAAGGCCUGAACCACACCUUGCCUUUUUUUCAAGACAGUCAGUUUUUGAAUGUUGUCACAUGUUGUCUAUUACUUUAAACAUUCCAAGUGUUAUUUUUUGUAAUAGACAAAGGCAGUUUGAAGUUCACCUGCGUUCUUGAUGAAAGGUUGAUAUCUUUAGUCUGUAUUAGCUAGUGUUCAAUCUGCUUCUGGACACAUGGGCAAAACGUUGUUAUGAGAUGAAGAUGCCUUGUCAAGAGUAUUUUGAUACAAAAACACUGGUACGAAGCACUUUUUAUUUUUAUCUGUUGUUUACAAGAUGAAAUGUAAAAUUGCCAUUAAAAUUUAUACUUUUGUUACAAGAA